UGAAAAUAGGAUCAGUUUCCGUAUACCCGUGUGUCGGCUUGUUGUGAGAGAAUAUUAUCCUUUUAUCCUUCCAACAUGAAUUUUUUACCUAAAUUUGACGACAUAUUCUAAGACCAUGGAUUAUAGUGAUUCCUCAAAGCACCAAAGAAGUUCGGAAGAUUAAAGUAUGGAGAGACCACAUGGGGGCAAUAGUAAAGAUGACACCGUGGACAUCAAGCAAGAGAAAGGGACUAGUGGAGGAGCGGUGCCCUCAUGUGGCUCUUCCUCAGGUCCCACAUCCAUAGCAUCAACAAAUCCAGGUGGUGAAGUCGAGGAAAAGAUGGAGGUGGACAAGCCUCUCCUCUUACCUUCCUUGCCCUCUUUACCUUCCACCUCCUCAGUCACCAUCACAAAAGCCUCCACAGCAGCUCUGCAGAAGUCAUCGCAAAAUCCUGUAUCGUCGUCAUCGUCAUCAUCAUCAUCAUCUGUUUCGUCAUUGUCCUCGACUACAUCUUCGUCUACAUCAUCCUCCCUGCAGUUCUCAUCAUCAUUAUCAUCUGCCGUGUCCACCCUCACCUCUGUAACAUUAAGUGCCGUGUCCAGCAGCGCCCCAUCUUCCACUCCAACCUCAGAGGCCGUUUCUACACUGAGUAGUAGCAAAGUGGGCCCAGACAUGAUGCCCACAAUACCCCUGGUCCCAGUUCAGGUCCCCAAUGGGCGGAGCGGUGUGGUCACCAUCCCCAAGAACCGUGGCCGCUCCAAGGGCAUGCCCCUUUGCCCUUCCCGGAGCGGAGGCUUUCAGAACAGGAAGGGGCUCAAGAUCAAGCGCCUUGGCAUCAGGGGACGUGGAGGCCGACGGCUUGUUCACAGCAUGUCGUUGGAAGAGAGAGGGGAUGACUCUCCCUUACCGCUGGAUGAGGAGGCCUAUGCUCAAGAUGACAUGUUCAUUGCUCCUUUAUAUCAAGAUAAGUGGCCGGGACGGAUGUGUGGUCUGUGUUGCCUGAGUGAGCAGAGCCAGCUGGGCCAAGGUGAGCUGAUUCGCCAUGACCCUACUCCGGGAUAUAUCUUGCCGGAGAAGAUUCCUUCCCCCAUGGAGCCGGAGGACGACUCACCCCUGUCGAAAAAGUUCAAACCCAACAUUUCGUUAUUCAAAGACAAGGGUAAAUCACCAAGAAAGCAAGUCGGAGAGGCGUUACCAGAACCAGUGGAUGAGAUAUCCUUGGUGGGUCAUCAGGAACCACCAAGUAUAUCUGUCCUUUUUGAAUCUACAGGCCAUUGCUAUGUUCACUACAUGUGUGCGCUCUGGUCGUCUGAUGUAGAGCUUGCCAGUGACGAUACCAUCAGCUGCAUUGAUAGAGCAGUUGUUACUGGAGCCAGCCAAAGAUGUGUGCACUGCAAAAAAUUUGGUGCAACAAUACCAUGCAAGGUACCUGGAUGCCCCAGGUUCUACCACUUCCCAUGCGCAAUGAGUGCUGGUGCACCCAUGGACCUCAAGAGUGUUGCAAUGGUGUGUACACUGCAUGCCGACAAGAGUAAAGACCUGUUGGUAGACAUGGCUUGUAUGGUAUGUGAAAGUCCUACUCCUGAGAAUUCCUUGCUCUUCUGUUCAUCGUGUGGCAACCACUACCAUGGUACCUGCCUUAAGCCCUGCAUCACCAUGUCAGCCUCCGUGAGGGCUGGCUGGCAGUGUCCGGACUGCAAGAUGUGUCAGAUGUGUCGGCAGCCAAGCGAUGAGAUCGUGUGUGGGGUGUGUGACAAGGCGUACCAUGUGGUGUGUGCCCGCCCCUUUGGCCUCUCCCUCUCCAGAACUGGGUGGAAGUGCAAGACGUGUCGUGUGUGUGGGGACUGCGGCUCGAGGACGCCAGGCAACGGGCUCUCCUCGCGAUGGCAUUCCAACUUUACCGUUUGCGAUUCUUGCUACCAGCUUCGGAACAAGGGCUUAGCCUGCCCCAUCUGUGGGAAGGCAUAUCGUGCCAUUGCUCAGAAGAACAUGGCCCAGUGUGCAACGUGUAGAAGGCAUGUCCAUAGUGCCUGUGACAGUGAUGCGGAUAUUGGUCUAAUCCAGUCGAAGUGGAAUGCUGACAGAUCCUAUGAAUACGUCUGCACCACCUGUAAAAAGGUCCCAGGACCCAAUCAGUCUCCCAUAAUAUCUCAAGAAGACAGCUGUGAUGGUCCUCAGGAAUCAUCCAUUCAUUCUGAGGACUCCAUUGAUUUGGAUCUGCCUUUGGAUGGAAAGUCAGAGGACUUUGGUCCCUUGCCUAAACCCCAGACUUCCUUUUACACCCGUGGAAAACCAUUUAGUUUGGCAAAGAGAGGGAACUUUACUCCCCGCUUGCGAGGAGGAGCAGUUGGAAAAAAGGCCUUCUCCAGCUCAAAGAAGAGAGGACAGACAGUGCCUGUCCGAAGGGGUCGAGGGAAUGGCAGAGGAUAUAGAGGAUAUUUCAAUUAUCAGAGUGUCACCCUACAGGCAAUGGAGAACAAUCACAGCACAGGCAAGGAAGAAGGGGAGGAGAACAAAGUGAUUCUGGUGGCCAGCAAUGACGAGUUUUGCCUUGAGCAAGAUGUGUGUGCCAUGUGUGGAGCAUUUGGACAGGACCAAGAAGGAAGACUCAUUAGCUGUGCUCAGUGUGGCCAGUGUUACCACCCAUUCUGUGCCAAUGUUAAGGUACGGCUCAGCGUCAAGGUUAACAAAGUGGUUCUCGAGAAAGGAUGGAGGUGCCUGGACUGCACAGUGUGUGAGGGGUGUGGUGAGCGUAACGAUGAGAGCCGCCUUGUCCUAUGUGAGGACUGUGACAUCUCCUACCACAUAUACUGCAUGACACCACCUCUAGACAGUGUACCCUCUGGGGUGUGGAGGUGUAAAUGGUGUGCUGUAUGUCAAUACUGUGGUGCCUCAGAUCCUGGUCCUAGUGCCACCUGGCAACAGAACUACAGUGUCUGUGGCCCUUGCAAUUCCAUGACUCAGUGCCCUGUGUGUGAUGAACCUUAUGCAGACGGAGAGCUCGUCAUACAGUGUUCCAACUGUGAGCGCUGGCUGCAUGCCUCUGAUGACAUGAUACACACAGAAGAGGAGGCCGAGAGAUGUGCUGAGAAAGGAUAUUUGUGCCUAAUGUGUCGACCCCAGGAUGCACUUCCUCCACACCUCCUUCCUCACACCCCACCACUGCGCACACGUCCCACACACAAUGCAGUCACUCCCACCACAACACUACCAAGCCCUGUGCGUCCUCCAAGUCCAAUUGACAUUAUGCCAAAGGUAACAUCCAAAGCACACUUCUGGGUGGAUGGUAUAUGCUUGUCUGAGUGUGGAAUGUUCCAGAUAAAGACAAUGACAUUGGAGCCACAAAAGAAGCCAAGGAACCCCAAGACAGUUCGAACCAGUCGAGGACCUUCCAUUGAUAGCAGUGGCAGUCGUGACAUUGAUGACGACGAAGAGGAGGACGAGGAGAAAUUGGAGAGCGAAGAGCCCAAGCACUGGGUGUAUGGCAUGAAGGAAGGGACCAUUCUGAAGGCCAAGGAGGAUGGUACACCACCUGACUUACCAGAUGGCUUUUAUACAUUGCCUGGUCCUGAGCCUGGAACAUACACCUUGAGAAAGCGCAGAUAUCGCAACAUCAAAACUCUAGGCAUUGGUGGUUUCCAAGUCCGCGCGCGAGGAAAGAAGGAUGAUGAAAAAGCACGGGAGGAGGCCAACCUAGACCCACAAGUUCUGGAGCUUAGGAGGAAGAGAAGUAACUGGCGAACCAAAAAGAAGAUCAAACUACUUGAAAAAUUUCCUUCUUACAUACAGGAGGCAUUCUUUGGCCGGAAUCUGAUGGACACCAGCAACCUGGAGGAGGAGAUGAAGCAGAUGGGGGAUCUGGAUGAGGAAUUCACUGAAGAUACCUUGGAUAUGCAGAAGACAAAGUCAGCAAUCAAUCUUUCAAAGGAUGAAGUCCAGCUUGUUCAGGCAGCCCAGAACAAGCAGCAGCUGGGCCAUGAACGGCGCAUAGACAGUGCAACACAACAGACAAAGUUACUGUCCCCUCACCGUACUAAGGUAGAGGAUCAGACAGACUCCAAAGCGAAGGAAAAGAAGGAUGAGGAUAAGAAGGACUGCAAGGAUGAGGAGAUGGCAGAAGAAGAUGAAAACAAUGAAGCCAUAGAUGCUAUAUUUGCCCAGGGAGGUGAUUU